AUUCCUUCAGGGCUUAAAUAUUUGCUUCAUUCCUUCACCGCCGCACUAUAGUUUCCGAGAACCAUCACUUUUUCUCGCUGCUCUUCAAAGCAAUCGCAACGCGCGUUUUGCUUCUCUUUUCAUCGCAGAUCCUCUGCGUCGCCACCAGAUUCACUCACGUUUCGUGAUUCGAACGCGGCGUCGUUUAGACUCAAGCUUGCGGGAGAAGAGAAAACCCUAAUCAGACAUGGGGAAGAAGAAACCGACGGCGAGGGACGAAGAGAACGCGGUACAGCAAGGCGGCGGCGGUAAAUCGAAGAAGAAGGCAGUGUUAAUCGACGACGACGAGUAUUCCAUCGGAACGGAGCUCUCCGAGGAGCCGGCGCCGGCUUCCGAGGAGAAACCCGUCGUGGCGGGAAAGAAGAAAGGUAAGAAAGGUAAUGCUAAAGCCAAGAGUAAUGAUGAUGAUGUUGAUGAGGAUGAAGAUGAUCCUGAAAUUGUGUUUGCUGGGAAGAAGAAGGGGAAGAAUAAGAAAGGUGGUGGGAGCAGUGCGUUCACUGCUUCUGGCUUUGAUUUGCUCGGUGAUGAGAGGGAUGAUGAUGAAGAGAAAUCCGGGUUAACCGGUGAGGUUGAUGGUGAGGAAGAGGAUGAACCUGUGGUUAGUUUUACGGGGAAGAAGAAGGCAUCGAAGAAAGAAGGUGGUAGUUUGUUCAGUGCAUCUGCUUUUGAUGCUAUUGAUGAUGGUGAGGAGGAGGAUGGGCCAGUGAUUAGUUUUAAAGGCAAGAAGAAGUCCUCUAAGGGUUCGAAGAAAGGCGGUGGCAGUUUGUUCUCUGCCUCGGCUUUUGAUGCUAUUGAUGACGAUGCGGAUGGUGAGGUGGUGGAUGAUAAGAAUGACGAUGUUGAUGAUGAUGAGCCUGUUAUUGCUUUCACUGGGAAGAAGAAGUCUUCCAAAGGAGGUAAGAAGGGUGGUUCAGUGUUUUCAGCUGCUGUUCUUGGUGAGAUUGAUGAUGGAGAGGAGAAUAAGGAUGAUGGUGGUGGUGAUGAUGAUGAUGACGAUAUUGAACCGAUCACUUUCUCUGGUAAGAAAAAGAAGUCUUCCCAAAAGGCUGCUAAUUCUGUUAGCAAAGGUGCUUCUGUUGAGGAAGGUGAUGACAAAGAUGAGGAUGAUGUUUCGUUAGUUGCAUUUUCAGGUAAAAAGAAGUCUUCUAAAAAGAAGGGCAGUAGUACUGCUGCCAAAGGGAGUGAUGAAAAUAUGGAUGCAGUGGAUCCUGAGGCACCCAGUGUUGGUAGUACUGAUGCUGGCAACAGCAAUGUAAAUAAGAGUGAAGAGGUCGCUGGAAAUUCCAAAAAUAAAAAGAAGAAUAAGAAGAAGAGUGGAAGAACUGCUCAAGAGGAGGAAGAUUUGGACAAACUUCUUGCAGAGCUUGGUGAGACCCCUCCUGUACCAAAACCCUCAACUCCACCCCAGGAUGAUAAAGUUCAGCCUACUCCUGAAGUUGUACUGGUUGCUGAUGCUUCGGGGGAAAAGGAGGGUGAAGAGGAGACUGUAGAGACAGCUGCUGCAAAGAAGAAGAAGAAGAAAAAGGAAAAGGAGAAGGAGAAGAAGGCAGCUGCGGCGGCAGCAGCAGCAGCAGUAGCAGGAACUGUACCAGAAAAUGAAACAGCAGAAGAUAAAGCUGAGGUAAUUGAACCAAAGAAGAAUGAUUCAAAGGCUAAAAAAGCAGCUGAUAAGAAAGUGCCAAAGCAUGUUAGGGAGAUGCAAGAGGCACUAGCUCGAAGACAAGAGGCUGAAGAAAGGAAGAAAAGAGAAGAGGAGGAAAGGUUAAGGAAGGAGGAAGAGGAGCGACGUAGGCAAGAGGAACUUGAGAGACAAGCAGAAGAGGCUAGACGUAGAAAGAAGGAAAGAGAAAAGGAAAAACUCCAGAAAAAAAAGCAAGAAGGUAAACUGUUAACUGGUAAGCAGAAGGAAGAAGCCCGUCGUCUAGAGGCAAUGAGGAAGCAGAUUCUCAAUAACACAGGGGGCAUGACUCUCCCUGGUGGGGACUCUGGUGCUCCAGCCAAAAAACCCAUAUAUCAAACGAAGAAGGUAAAACCAAAUAACCGUAAUCAGAAUGGUGCUGCUGCUGCUCAGAUUGCUGAAAGUGUUGAAGCAAAGGAGACUGCCACUGAUGUAGCUUCAGAGGAACCAGAAAAGAUUGAAGAAGUGGAGUCAGUCCAGGUGGAUGACAAAGUUGAACUUCCUGUAGCUGUUGAAGAGGAUGGUGAGGAAGAUGAUGACGAGGAUGAAUGGGAUGCAAAAAGCUGGGAUGAUGUUAAUCUCAAUACGAAAGGUGCAUUUGCUGAUGAAGAGGCUGACUCAGAGCCUAAACCUAUCGUCAAGAAGGAGAUAAAAAAUGCUGUACCUGCUCAGAAUGCUGGUGCUACUAAGCCUGUGGCUGAAGAAAUUGAAAAUGGAAAGCAGAUUAAUCCUCACUUGAAUAGGGAACCAAGAAAGUCUGUUGUGCCUCCUAAACCUAGUGAUGAGAACCUCCGCUCCCCAAUUUGCUGUAUCAUGGGGCAUGUGGAUACUGGCAAAACCAAGCUGCUGGAUUGUAUUCGAGGUACUAAUGUUCAGGAGGGUGAGGCUGGUGGCAUCACACAACAGAUUGGUGCUACAUACUUCCCGGCUGAGAACAUACGUGAAAGAACGAAGGAACUGAAAGCUGAUGCAAAGCUGAAAGUUCCCGGUCUACUGGUUAUUGAUACCCCAGGGCACGAGUCAUUUACUAACCUAAGGUCUCGGGGUUCAGGUCUAUGUGAUAUUGCAAUUUUGGUUGUUGACAUUAUGCAUGGGUUAGAGCAACAAACAAUAGAAUCCCUAAAUCUAUUAAAAAUGAGGAAUACGGAAUUCAUUGUUGCCUUGAAUAAGGUUGACAGGCUUUAUGGGUGGAAAACAUGUCGGAAUGCUCCAAUUGUUAAAGCAUUGAAGCAGCAGACUAAGGAUGUUCAAAAUGAGUUUAAUAUGAGGCUCACUCAGAUUAUUACUGAAUUCAAAGUACAAGGGCUGAAUACCGAGUUGUAUUAUAAAAACAAAGAAAUGGGAGAAACGUUCAGCAUUGUGCCUACAAGUGCAAUAAGCGGUGAAGGAAUUCCCGAUUUGUUAUUACUAUUGAUUCAAUGGACCCAAAAAACAAUGGUUGAGAAACUUACAUACAGUGAAGAAGUGCAGUGCACUGUUUUAGAGGUGAAGGUAGUUGAAGGCCAUGGAACUACUAUUGAUGUUGUUUUAGUUAAUGGUGUUCUUCAUGAAGGAGAACAAAUAGUUGUCUGCGGAAUGCAGGGUCCUAUAGUUACCACAAUUCGAGCUUUAUUGACACCUCAUCCGAUGAAGGAACUUCGUGUCAAGGGAACAUAUCUUCAUCACAAAGAAAUCAAAGCUGCAAUGGGUAUAAAAAUCACUGCUCAGGGCCUUGAACAUGCCAUCGCUGGCACUGGUUUAUAUGUGGUGAAGCCUGAUGAUGAUUUGGAAGAUGUUAAAGAAUCAGCCAUGGAAGAUAUGCGGUCAGUAAUGAGCAGGAUUGACAGGACUGGGGAGGGUGUUUGUGUACAGGCAUCUACCCUUGGCUCCUUGGAAGCAUUACUGGAGUUUUUGAAAACUCCAGAAGUGAGUAUCCCAGUUAGUGGUAUAAGCAUAGGCCCUGUACAUAAGAAGGAUGUAAUGAAGGCCAGUGUAAUGCUUGAAAAAAAACGAGAGUAUGCAGCUAUAUUGGCAUUUGAUGUCAAAGUUACUCCUGAGGCCAGGGAACUGGCAGAUGAAUUGGGUGUCAAGAUAUUUAUUGCUGAUAUCAUUUAUCAUCUGUUUGACCAAUUUAAAGCUUAUAUUGACAACAUUAAGGAGGAGAAAAAGAGAGAAGCUGCUGAUGAGGCAGUCUUCCCAUGUGUUAUGAGUAUCUUACCAAAUUGCAUUUUCAACAAGAAGGACCCAAUUGUUUUGGGAGUUGAUAUCCUUGAAGGCAUUUUAAAGAUUGGGACUCCAAUUUGCAUUCCUUCUAGAGAGUUCAUUGAUAUUGGUCGCAUUGCCUCCAUUGAGAAUAACCACAAACCUGUUGAUUAUGCAAAGAAGGGGCAGAAAGUAGCCAUUAAGAUUGUUGGCAGCAAUUCUGAAGAGCAACAAAAAAUGUUCGGGAGGCACUUUGAGAUUGAUGAUGAACUUGUAAGCCAUAUUUCACGGAGAUCUAUCGAUAUACUCAAAGCUAAUUAUCGGGAUGAACUAAAUAUGGAGGAAUGGAGGUUGGUUGUGAAAUUGAAGAAUCUUUUCAAGAUACAAUGAGGAGACUUGAUGUGUGGGCAUUCAUUUAAGAAAAAACAAGGUUUUAGUGAAAUGUUUGGUUUUAUGCAACACUUUGAAGGAUUUGUUGAGCAUGCGGUUGGAUCCACCAGAGACCAGUAAAGAUGAUGCAAUGAUUCAGAUAGAUGGCUGUGUCAUGGAGAGGCAAAAGUAACUUAAACAGACGAAACUCCAAUUCUUUGUCAGCUGAGAAGCGCAGGUAAAAAAGGUGCGGAAAGGGAAACAGGCAAGGUCAAAAUUGUGAAUUACUACCCCAUAUAUACAUAUCUGUGGCAUACAUGGAAGCAAAUAAGGGUUCUAAAUGCAAUUCAGUGAGGAAAAGCAAAAUUUUACGGAAGUAAUUGAUUUGACUAAAAAGUUGUUCACUUUUGGUUUCCUAGUGUAUUAUUGUACAAAUUUUUUCCAUUUGUAGCUGAGAGGCACUUUAUUUUUCGCGGGCUAUGUAUCCUUUUGGUGUUUCCUACCAAGCAUUUGGUUAUGGAAAUUGGUAUUAAUGGCAAAGGUUCAAUAAGCCACGUGGAACCUGAAAUGUUUGAAUU